GGAUAACUAGAGUGGUUUUUUAGUACAUUUGAUAAUAAUUGUGUAAAAAACAAGAUAAUCUUUUUUUAAAUUAAUUUUCACUCAAUUUAAAUGAUGUGGAAUUCAAAUGAGAUUGACUGGGUGAUGAAGGAAUCGGUAGGAGCUUCGGGUGGCUUGUUAUGUAUCUGGAACAAGAAGAAAUUUGCUAAGACAAAAAUUUUUACGGGUGAUGGUUAUCUGAGAAUAACAGAGGAGUGGGGACUAGAUAAGGUGAAAUGUAAUCUAGUGAAUGUGUAUGGCCCAAAUGAUAGACAGAAAAGGUUAAAGCUGUGGGAUCAGUUAGAGCACAUGAUCAUAGAAGAGGGAGGGAGAUGGUUGAUAGCGGGAGACUUUAAUGCCAUUAGAUGUCUUGAAGAAAAAAGGGGAAGAAUUGGAGAGAGCACAAAUAUGAAGAAAUUUGAUGAAUUUAUCCUGGCAGCAGGUUUAGUUGAUAUUAAAAUGGUCAAUAGGCACUUUACAUGGUAUAGGCCAGAUGGUACAGCUAUGAGCAGACUUGAUAGAGUUUUGAUGAAUGUAGAGAUGUGCAGUAUGGGUGGAAAUUGGAUGCAACAGGGCUUGAAACGUAAUAUCUCUGAUCAUUGUGCAAUUGUAUUGAAUUCAAGAACAACUGAUUGGGGACCAAAGCCAUUUAGAAUUUUGGAUGCAUGGCAGCUUCAUCUAGAUUUCAAGAAGGUAAUUGAAGAAAAGUGGAGCGAAAUGGAAGUUGAUGGAUUCGCAGGAUAUAAAUGUAAACAGAAGUUAAAAGGCCUAAAAGCAUUUUUAAAGGGUUGGAAUAAGGAGGUGUUUGGAAAUAUGGAAGCUCAGUAUGAACAAGCUGCAAAACAGAACAGGUCAAGAAGGAGGUGUAUAAUUAUUUCAGCAAGUUAUUUCAAGGAGACACAUGGAAUAGACCAAAGCCUUGCGGGAUUAGCUUCAAAUAGAUUUCUGCAGAGGAAAAACAAUGGUUGGAACGACCAUUCUCCAUUGAAGAAAUUGAGGAAGGGUUACGAAGCUGUGAAGGAUCUAAAGCUCCGGGAUCGGACGGAGGUUCACAAGAAUGGUAGAUUAGUUAGUGGGCUGAAUUCAUCUUUCUUAGCUCUAAUUCCUAAGAAGUUUAAUUCUAUGGAAUUAAAGGAUUAUAGACCCAUUAGCUUGAUCGGGUGUGUUUACAAACUGUUAACAAAAGUGUUGGCCAAUAGAAUUAAAGCCGUGAUGCUAGGGAUUAUCAGUGAAAAUCAAUCUGCUUUCUUGAGAGGACGUCAAUUAGUUGAUGGAGUACUAGUGUUGAAUGAGGUUAUGGAGGAAGUUAAGAGAAGGAAGCAGUCAGCUUUUGUUUUCAAGGCUGAUUUCGCGAAGGCAUAUGAUUGUGUGGAUUGGUCAUUUUUGGAAUGGAUGAUGAAUCGCUUGGGUUUUGGAAUCAAAUGGAGAGGUUGGAUUAUGGAAUGCUUGUCGACUUCUAAGAUUUCAGUUCUAGUUAAUGGAAGCCCAACGGAGGAGUUUAAGGUUGGAAAGGGAUUACGACAAGGGAACCCUUUAUCCCCAUUCUUAUUCUUGAUGAUUGGAGAGGGAUUAAAUGGAUUGGUUCAGAAAGCAGUGUCGGAGGGUAUGUUUCGAGGUAUAGAGAUUGGCAGGAAGGGGUUAGUAGUUUCUCUACUUCAAUUUGCGAACGACACAGUCAUUAUGGGAAAGGCUGACAUAGAGAAUAUAAUCAUGGUUAAAACAAUUCUGCGAUGGUUUGAACUGAUGUCUGGUCUACAAAUUAAUUUCAGCAAGAGCAACAUUUACGGAUAUAAUGUUCCAACGAGAUGGCUUGAAGGAUCAGCAAGUAUGUUGCGAUGUGGAGCCGGAAAAUCACCUUUUAUUUAUCUGGGAAUGCCUGUUGAUGGAAAACCAGGGAAUAGGAAACUAUGGGAACCAGUGAUAAAAAAAUUUCGUGCUAAACUUGCUGUCUGGAAAACUGCUUCGCUGUCCUUCGGUGGCCGCCUCACUUUGCUUAACUCGAUACUUUCUGCUCUACCCAUUUUUUAUAUGUCAUUAUUUUUAAUGCCAAAUUCUGUGGUAAUUGAGUUAACUCACAUUCAAAGAUCUUUUUUAUGGGGAAGGGGGGAGUUAAAAAAGAAGAUUUCAUGGGUGAAAUGGGAACACGUAUGUCGUAGUAAGGCAAAAGGGGGAUUGGGGGUGCAAGAUUUGCGUAGGAAAAAUUGGGCACUACUGGGGAAAUGGUGGCAUAGAUUUGGGGAUGGGGUAGAGAGCCUAUGGAAAAGGGUACUAACAGAAAAAUAUUACGAGGGCAAAUGGAAGGAGGUGGAUAUUAAGGCUAUUGGGAAUUGGAGAGUAUCUAAGCUUUGGAGAGAUAUUAUUAGUAUAGGGGGGCGGUCGAUGAGACUACAGAAUAUGUUGGUAGAGGGGUUUAGAUGGGAAGUGGGUGAAGGAAAUCGGGGUAAUAUUUGUGAAAUGGGGGUAUGGGAAGGGGAUAAAUGGAGUUGGAAACUAGAAUGGAGGAGGGGGAGAAUAGGACGAGAGAAGGAUGAGGAGGAGGCGCUGUGGGAGAAGUUGGGUAAUUUGCAAUUAAAGAAGGGUGUUGAAGAUCGUUGGAGGUGGCUACAUGAUUCAGAUGGUAGUUAUAUGGUGAAGAAGGCUUAUGAAUUUUUGGCCCCUUCGGAGGGUAUCUUAGAGGAACAGUUGUGUAAGGUUAUUUGGUGCAGAUUAGUACCAUCCAAAGUGUCUUUCUUUGGAUGGCGUUUAUGUCUUGAUAAGCCAACUAAGUGGAACAUUAGAAAGCGAGGGGUGCAUUUGCAGGAAGAGGAAUUAAUGUGUGUUUGCCAUAACAUAAUUGAGGAGGCUAACCAUUUAUUUAGUAUGUGUAAGGAAGCAUGGAUUUUGUGGACAGAGGUGUUGCAGUGGUGGAACAUGAAGACGGUAAUGCCAAAUAUCGUACGAGGAGUGGCAGACAUUUUUGUAUACGAUUUGGGUAGGGUAGUAGGGAAGGAGAUGGGUGCUUGUAUCUUUCUCGUUGUAUCAUGAUAUUUAUGGUAUUGGAGAAAUGGUAAGGUAUUUGAUAAUGAAGCUAUCAUCAGGGGAAGAUUACUAGAUAUGAUUCAAGCCAAAACAUUUUUAUGGAUCAAGAAUAAGGUAAAGGGUUGUGC